ACCUACUUUAACGCACGGCGUCUCACUCUCCUCCUCAGUUCGAGUUUCGAGAACUCCUCGACGAUUUUUUUUCGCAGGUACUGUAUGAACUGUAUAUCGAACUUAGAAGACGAUACGAGAGUACUGUACUGGAAUUUAGGGUUUAUAUUUAUUGGAAUGAAAUUAAUUUGAUUAUGUUUGUGUUUCUGUACUAUGUAUGUAUUUUGUUCAGCAUUCUGAUUAUAAUUUUAAUACGAUGUGCAAAGUUGGAAAAAAAAAUCAACAGUGUUGAGUAUAAAUGUUACGGGAUUGUGUAUUGUUUGCAUUUGAAACAUUUGUUCCGGUGAGUUCCUGUGGUGUCUAGGCCAGCUUUUGCGCACAUGGGAUACUUGCCAUCUCCCAGGUUCUAGGUUUUAGCAUCAGUUUACCAAGAAGCUGACAACUAAGUUUCAGCUCACUCUGCAACAUGGCAUCUGGACUUGGGCUUGAGUCUCUUGUUGAUCAAACUAUCUCAGUUAUUACAAAUGAUGGACGGAAUAUUGUGGGAGUUCUGAGAGGAUUCGACCAGGCUACAAACUUGAUUCUUGAUGAAUCUCAUGAGAGAGUAUAUUCAACAAAGGAAGGUGUACAGCAACUUGUGUUAGGUCUUUAUAUCAUAAGGGGAGACAACAUAAGCGUCGUUGGGGAAUUAGAUGAAGAUCUUGAUAGUAACUUGGAUAUGUCAAAACUGAGAGCACAUCCUCUAAAGCCAGUCGUUCACUGACCUGCAACUUGGUGUGAGCCUUGUAAUCCUGUGAACGGAUGAUGGAUGGAUCAAACAUCAGUUUAGUUGAUAGACUUUGGUACAACUAUCAAAUGAAAACUUCAGACAUGUUAUGUAGCUAGGAACACAAACUGUUAUAGUUCGUUAGUCGUCGUUAUAUGUCUUAUAAGUUUCCCUUUCUGAUAUUGGCUUGCGAAAGAUUUUGAACUUUGUAUAACUAUCAUAUUAAAACUGCAGGCAUGUUUCUGUGCCUAAGAGCACAAGCUGUUUUAGUUUA